ACAGUGUUCAGGUAGGUUUCAUUAAGGAAUUAAAACAGAGAUUUAGCUGGUGAUAAAAGUAGGGUUUGCAUGGAUAAACAAAGUGUAUCUCGCUGUGGAAAACCUGUCAAGGGCCUUCUAUUGGCCUAGUAUGCCUCACAACUGAUAAUAUUCUUAACAGAUGAUGGAACAGAGACAUAUAAUUUGAAGACCGUGUUAUAUCUUCACAGGUCAAUGGAAGCCCAGCUUGAGAAGAUCCAACACAUGCUUGAAAAACAAUGCCAGCUCAACCAAGACCUCCAGAAACAGAACCAUGACCUGAAGAAACAGCUUGAGGAGAAAGAGAGGGCUUUGCAGAAGCUGCAGACCCGACUGGAUAACAUUGAUUGUCCAUCGCAACAGAACAGUAAUGAAGUGCCUGAAGUUCGACACAGUCGGGCAGCUGUCAUAGCUUCGGAGCCCAUACCAGCAGAGCUUGAAAUCACUGCCAACAGGGUCACAAAAUCUGCCAGUGAGACAGCUCAGAUCGUGAAGGCCAUCAGUAAGAAUGAUUUCCUCAGCCGUCUGGAUGAAGAGCAGAUCAGUAUGAUGGUGGAGCUCAUGAAGGUUCUGGAUCAUUGUCCUGGUGAUACCAUCAUCACAGAGGGCACAGAGGGAAACAGCAUGUACAUUGUUGCUGCGGGGGAGCUGAGGGUCACACAGGCUGGGCGUGACCUGCGGAAUUUGACCUCUGGCGAUGUGUUUGGGGAGCUGGCCAUUCUAUACAACUGCAAACGCACAGCAUCUGUCAAAGCUAUCACUUCAGUGAAGUUGUGGUGUAUAGAGAGACAAACGUAUCGAAGCAUCAUGACCAACAAAUCCAAGCAAAAACGAGAACAACUUAUGGGCUUCCUGAAGACAGCUCGCACUCUGAAGGCCCUGAACGAUAUCCAACUUUCCAAGAUCAUUGACUCCAUGGAAGAGGUGAAGUUUCAGAAAAAAGAUGUAAUUGUCCGAGAAGGAGCAGAGGGCAAUACUUUUUAUAUCAUCCUCAAAGGAGAGGUAUUAGUGACCAAAAAUGUUAGUGGACAGCAGAAAAUCAUUCGUAAGAUGGGUGAGGGGGAGCACUUUGGAGAACUGGCACUUAUACGAGAGAUUCAUAGGACAGCAACUUGCACAGCUGUGGGAGCUGUCACAUGCUUCUCCAUUGAUAAAGAGGUCUUUGAAGAGACCAUUCCUAUUGAAAGUCUUGAACUCCAUGACGAUUCAGAUCUCCUGGAGGACAUUAAAAAGCCAGAGGAAGUGGGGUCAAACACAUCUUUGAUGCUGAAAGAUCUAAUUCCUGUCCUGUAUCAAGAGGGGCGUUAUCAAGGAGAACCCGUCACUCUUGGAGUUGGGGGGUUUGGAAGAGUCGAGCUGGUAACUACCUUACACCACAGAAAGUACUUCGCUAUGAAGAAGAUCAUUAAAAAGCACAUUGUUGCAAAGAGGCAAGAAGGACACAUUCUCCUUGAGAAAAGAAUUCUUCUGGCAAUCCGAUGUGACUUCAUUGUCAGGCUGCAUGCUGCCUUCAAAGAUUCUCGCUACAUCUAUAUGAUAAUGGAGUUUUGCUCCGGUGGAGAAAUUUGGACCAAGUUGAAAGAAGUAGGGCGAUUUGAAGAAAACAUAGCUGUGUUUGUAACAGCGUGUGUGGUUGAAGGCUAUGCAUACCUGCACAAGAAAGGAAUCCUGUAUCGAGACCUAAAACCAGAAAACCUAAUGAUGGACACCAAAGGAUAUGUGAAACUGGUUGAUUUUGGCUUUGCAAAAGAGCUUUCUCGGGGGGAAAAGACAUAUUCCUUUUGUGGCACUCCUGAGUACAUGUCUCCAGAGAUCAUUCAGAAUCAGGGUCAUGACUUUGCUGCAGACUUCUGGUCACUUGGCAUUCUAGUUUACGAGCUGCUUGUAGGCAGCCCACCCUUCUCCAGUUCAGAACCACAGAAGAUCUACGCUAAGAUUUUGGACGGUGUGGUGAAUUACCCUACAUAUCUGGGAGAAGGUGCCAAAUCUCUCAUCAGUAAACUGUGCAGGUCACGACCUGGACAGCGGUUGGGAAACACGAAAAAUGGAAUCAAAGAUGUUCGACAUCACAGGGUCCCUGCUACAUUAACUUUGACCGCUUUCCUUAUGACAAGACCCAAGCGGAGGAGGAAUUUUCAGGCUGGGAUCGAGAUUUCUGAACAACCAUCAAGUCUCAUGGUUUAUCAAGUUCAUAACAAUCUUUAGCUCUCAUUCUAAAAGCAGCAGCCACUUAAUACUGUAGAAAGUUUUGUCAAAGUUUAAUAUUCUUUCUUGGGUGACACUUUAUGAUAGCAUUCAUUACUAAAUUAUUAACAAACAUUAUGUAAUGCUAAACAGAUAAUUAGUUAAUGUAUAUUCUACAUAAUGCAUAGGUAGUGAUAAAGCACUUGUUAAUAUUUCCUAAUGAAUUUAACAUACAUUAAUGAUCUGUUAAGCAUUAAUUAAUGUAAAUUUAAAUACAAGUGUUAUUAAACUUUCAUUCCUAUAUGGCUUUGCACUUUUUAAUAUCUACAAAUGAUUUUUAAAAAUGUUAAAUAAUGAUUAACUGAUCACUUGUUAAUGUACUUUUGAUUGCUAACAAAUGUCAUUAUACUUUUUAAUAAAUGAUUCCUAUAUGAGCUCAUGCACGUUUUUACAUUUACAAAUGUUUUGAUAAAUUAUUUUUAUUUUUCUCCACUUCAGACAAUAUUCAUGUUUACAAAUUAUUCAUUAAUGUCCUGCUAAUUUGUAACCAGUGUCUGUAAAGCCACACAUUUGCUAAUUGUUUGUUGUAGUAUGUAAGCAUGCUUUUACUAUUUACACAUCUUUACUUAUGCAUAUCUAAGUUGUUUUGUUCUUAAGACUGUGACAAUAGAACACAACUAGGAGUGUAAAAAAUAUUGAAAAUUAAAAACAAAAUAUAUAUAACUGGUAGUGCUGCAUAUAAAGUGUCCUUAAAAAGUAAAUGCAACACAGAGUGCUGUCCACAUGGUCCUUUAAUGGCACAAGUCUUCUCCCCCACUGGAAAAAUUAUAUAUAUAUAUAUUUUGUGGUGAAGUAAAUAUAGCAGACAAGAUUAUGUACUUUCUACAUUGAAUAAGUAAAUUUAAGUGUGAACUUGAAAAUAAUAAGUAAAUUCUGCAUUUGCACUCAUUUAAACAGGUAAACAUUAAUGCACUAGCUUAAGUAAAUAUUAUUUAUGAUUGUUACCUUUACAAUGUGUCAUCAUGUAUUAAUC